AUGACCACCGAAGGAAUUCCAAUGCCAAAUUUGUUUGUAUGUGGAGAGCUCAUUGAUCACAUUACUGUAGAGAAAAUCCCGUUAGGUAAAAGAGCGGUAAUGGUUUAUGAGUAUCUAUGGCAAACAGAUGAGACUAUACUUAAAGCUGGUGGUGAUUUGACGGAGGGCAAGGAAGACCCAUGUUUUAUUUUUCAGCCUGAUGGAAUGCUUAAAUUCAGAUUGACAAAUGAUUCAGAUUCCAUUGAUUAUAUUUCGAUCAAUGCGAUUUCCCGAAGUAAUAUUUCUAGUGAAACUGCGAAUUUUGGGGCAGUAUUUGGAUUAUGGAAUGCUGAACGUAACAUCAGUGUCAUAAAACCGUUCGUCGCUCGUACUGCAACCAUUAACCAUUAUACGUUUACAUCGACAAUUCGAACUGGACUGAAUAAUGAAAUACAUCAAGAUUUCACAAUUAAUCAACAAAAUUCACUUCAAAUACAGAGUUUUAACGAAGUAACAAUUGCUGUAAAGAUUAAUUAUUCUCCAGAUACGUAUAUG